UUGCAUCACCUCAUCGGAUGAUCUGUUGAUCACCACAGCCCAAACGGCGUUGUUGUAUGCAACCCUGACUGUUCCUCGGGACAGGGGCUAUUCUCUUGUUCGUCAUCCUCAAACCUCUCGACAUUACACCCUGGUAUACGGUAUCAGACGCGGUGCCAAUAUUCGAAUUCUCAGUCAUGUCAUGUUUAUUCUCAUGGACUUUUAUGAACUGUGUGCAAUGUUGCGGUGGCCCGAUUGUUGCACAUGCUCUGAUCAUGAGCAGGAGAGAUGGAUGAUGUGUGCCUUGGCAGCUCUUCUUCGAGUUGCAUAUAAACUGCUAUGAAAUACCUUGCAAUCCUCACCUUGGCUGCACUCGCCAGCGCAACGCCUGAGAAGCGCGCUACGCCGCUAGGCAUCGACGUUUCUAGCUACCAGCCCGACGUUGACUGGACUACUGUUAAAAACAACGGUGUUAGCUUCGUCUAUAUCAAGGCUACCGAAGGCACAGAUUACAUAUCUCCUUCAUUCAGUAAUCAGUACAUCGGAGCGACUGACGCUGGACUCAUACGUGGUGGUUACCACUUUGCUCACCCUGACUUGUCCACUGGUGCCACCCAGGCUGAUUAUUUCCUCGCUAAUGGCGGUGGCUGGUCUGCCGACGGGAUCACCCUCCCUGGUGCUCUCGAUAUCGAGUACAACCCCAGCGGCAGCGAAUGCUAUGGUUUGACCACUUCACAGAUGGUGUCCUGGAUACAAUCCUUCUCCAACACCUACGAAGCUGCUACGAGCCGCGCUGCGUUCGCGAACACCAAUCCCCUUUGGAUCGCUAUCUACUCCAGCUCGGUUGGCACCCUCCCUGCUGGAUGGCAGUACGAGACGUUCUGGCAAUAUGCAGACUCGGGCGCCAACCCAGGCGACUGCUGACAUGGCGCUUGGCUAUUAGAAGGUUGCUUCCUGCUGGGUUCAGAGUUUUAGCGUGCAAUUUGGCCAGGAGAAAUUGGAUUGCUAUACCGCAUAAUACUCGUGG